GCUUCUUAUCUUCUUGAUUUGUGGUGACCUGAUACGAGCAUUUUGGUUCGUUGUUGGAGCAAUUGUAAUGCUGGCUCGGGGGCCUGUGGAGAGCACGUCGGCAUAUUGCCAGUCGAGCGGGUUCUUCAUAGCGUUUGGGACGGAGAUAAGUGGUAAGACGACAUCGCCCAACUAUUGACCAUUUCCUCAUAACUGCUCUUAGAUUUUGCUGUUCUCAUGAUAGCGAUCCAUAUCGCACUCCAGGUCUUUCGGCCGUCUGGUCAAGCGCCUUCGGAAGGUCUACAUCCGUACAAGUACUAUGUUUACGCAGGUGUCUUUUGCGCCCCGACAAUAUCAGCAGGCCUAGCUUUCCUCAACACCCAAGGAGCGUAUCGCUUGCAGGGCGCAUACUGCUUGCUCCCAACCCGCCCGUUCUGGUACCGGCUAGCCUUGGCAUGGAUUCCGAGGUACUUUAUCAUAUUGGUCAUCAUCAGCCUGGCCAUUGCGAUUUAUACAUAUGUUGGGUGGGAAUUUAAGAACUACAACUCAAUGAGCCGGAAACUGGGAUACAUUUUGAACAAUGAUCUCACUCGAGCCAGUAUUAACAUUAGCGCGUCUCAAACUAAAGCAUCUCUCUUUGGUGAUGGUUACGUGCCUAGCGAAGAAUUUGCAACCCAACCCGCAAGCAUUAUGACGCAGCAAAAAAACUCGUGCUUGCACUCACGGUGUACUUCGACCACCUCUCAAAAAGCUGUCACUGUACCAGAGCGUAGGUAUUCAGCCUCGUUGGCCUGUAACGAGCUCUGUGGAGCACCAGGACCAACAUCUAUCCUUGCCGCCUCCACCAGCCCCACCACUCCAUCCUUCGUGCGAAGCACACGACGCUUCCACGGCAAGCACACCGGCCCGGCCCGGCCACCGCUAGUCUCGAUACCAAGUGGACAGAAUGUCGGACGGGUUGAAUAUGACGACAGUUUACACCCAUGCGUGUCGUCAUCGCAUACGAACAUACUGAGUGCUAGUACCCCGACGCUAAAUGCCUUUCCGGGGGCUUCUAGCACACCUGAGCUUGCGCUGCUGGAGCCACCGUCUCCAGGACUUAACCGCAUGAUUCGCCAGCGCGCACGCAUCCACCGCCAACUACGCCUUACAUUCAUCUAUCCGAUAGUGUAUACAUUAAUGUGGGUGGCACCAUUUGUAUACCACUGCAUGAUGUACAGCGACUAUUAUGUGCGACAACCGAUAUGGGGAAUACGGUUAGCAAGUUCUUUUUGCAUUGUGAGCAUGGGUUUUGUCAAUUGUCUAGUGUUUUCGCUGCAGGAGAAGCCGUGGAGAGGGAUAGCGACGAGUGACGGCACGCUGCUGGGCAGUUUUUUUGUUUGGAACGGAAGAAACGAUAGAUGGACGCGCAGAUUGCGUGGCCGAUCGCGGUCGGCUGGGGCUGGUGGGGAUCCGCGAGGGGAGGUGGCUCAACGGUCAUUAUCUGACAGGGGGCUGUAUGGACCCAGGCGGAGUAUAGGGUCGAGCGCGGGUUUCUAUGGGUACUCGCGGGUUGAGAAGAAUUGGGCGAGAGAGAGGCUCGAGUGGGAGAGGGAAGAAAGAUACCGGGUGCUGCGGGAAAAAGCCAUGAAGAGAGACGCCAGUAGUACACGGACGCAUUCGGUGUGCGAGAGUAGUUUCUGUGGAGAUGGCAAGCAUGACUUUGUGCACGACGAUAAUGACGGAGAAGAAAUGACGGAUUGGAAUAGCAAGAAGCGGCUUGAGGACUUGAAAAGUUCGAAUAUACAUGCCGAAGGCAGUGAUAUGAAUUCUUGAUAUAUUAUGCAUAUAGAUACCAUCUAGAUACCAUGUAAUUA